AUGCUGUGCUCCUCUGGGACCACCACCCUGAGGAAAGAAGUGGAUGUAUCUGGUCCUGGACUGACGGAGGAGGAGGUCAAGAUGCUGCAGGAGUACGGCAGAGGAGAGGAAGCUCCUGGCUCCACAGAUCUCUUUCCAGAACUAGGCUUUGUUCCACAUCUGAAUGAGGUCUCAGGACCAUCAUUAAGUGGAACAGACUGUAAACUUGUGGACCUGCACACAGCUAAAGGAGAAACUGUCUACGUACAAUGUGUAAAAACACUGAACAAAAGCAAAGUGACCGGUAGAGCUGACACAGUGUGGAGACAGAAGCUGGAUGUGGACACUUGUGUGAAACCAGCCCGGCAGCCUCCCCCUCCACCCCCAACCUCACCUUCACCUGGGGGAGUAGCCAACAGUCCCCAGUCCCCGCCCCCUGCCUCCAGAGAACCAAUCACACAGCGGCUGAAUGACCUCAUGAGCUCUGGCUCCAGAACCAGGAAGCAGUGUCUGCGCAGCCUCAAGAGAGGGCUGUCACUUAAACUGGGCUCCGGUCCUGCAGACUGCAGUCAUCUUCCUCCAGAACAGAGAAGAAAGAAACUUCAAACCAGAAUCAACAACAUGAACGAGGAGAUCCAGAGAGAGAGAGAGCAGAGAGACGCUCUGUUGAAAAUGAGGGAAGUUUAUGAAAGAAAUCCUCAGAUGGGCGACGCCGGCAGUUUGGAGCCUCGACUGGAGGAAGUGAAACAAAGUCUACAGAGACUGGAGGAGGAGCUGAGGAGGAACCAGGCGUGGCUUUCGGAGGCCGACUCCAAAGCUUGUGACCUCAGCAGUCGGAGACAAAGUGGAGGUUGUGGGUUAAAUUCUCAGGUCGACACUCCAGGAAGCAGCAGCUUGAAACAGCUGGAAGACCGGAGUCCAGCCAGCAGAGAGAGUCCUGACGGCAGCUACACUGAAGACCACAGUGCAGAGCUUCAGUUUAAAUCUCGUAGUUCAGAGUUUGAUGAUGACUUUGAAGAUGAAGAACCAUUACCGAGUAUCGGCACCUGCAAGUCCCUUUACCCAUUCCAAGGACAAAAUGAAGGCACUCUGUCGAUGGUGGAGGGAGAACUACUUUCUGUGGUGGAAGAGGACAAAGGUGACGGGUGGACCAGAGUACGGAGGAACCUGGAGGAGGAGGGAUACGUCCCCACCUCCUACAUCAAAGUCUUCCUGGACAGCAGUGCCAAAGGUGCCAUGACCUACAUAUGACCUUCAUCUGACCUCAGUAGGACUUUUAAUGACCUGUAAAUAUGACCUUUAAUGACCUCCACGUGACCUCUAGGCCGUCCACUCCAAGAACUAAAACUAACGUGAGCAGUUAGGGCUCACAUUGAGUUAGGGUUUAGGGGUUAGUCCAGCUGUCCACGUCUCUCUCUGAUGUUUCCUACACAUUCAAAUGUACAUAGAGAUAUAUUUAAAUAAUAAUCAUAACAAUAAUUAUAAUGAUCAUCAGUUUGUUUCCUGGUCACUUACAUCAGAUUAAACAUUUAUUAAGGAAAUGAUUUUCCUUCACUUUGUAAAACAGAAAAUAAAAUAAAUUAUUGUAUGAAACUCAUGAACUGCACCAACAGUUUUUUAUUAUUCAUAUUCUAAUUCAUAAGAAUACCCCGGUAAUUCAAGCACACUCUCCGGUCCCCCUUUUUGAAGAUGGGAACCACCACCCCGGUCUGCCAGUCCAUGGGCACUGAU